AUUCUUCAACUCUUCUACCCUUUUUGUCAUUUCAGACAAUACAAAGAAAAAAACAAACAAUAAUAAUAAAUAAAUAACUACUCCUAAAUAAAACCAGAGAGUAGAACUUCUUCUCUGCUAGUAUUUUUUCUUUUCUCAUUUAAAAAAAGAGAGAUAGUAGAAAGUACUCUGGGCUGAUUUCCGAUCAUUUUCUGGGUGACUUAGUGUGUACAUAUACAUAAAGUUGUGUGGUGGAAAAUGGAUUUAGUGGAAGGUGUUGGGGAAAGUUCGUCACCACCAAGAAGUUUUGGGAGCUGUGCAGUAGUUUAUGAUAUAAAAAACGAUGUGUAUAACCGUCUUGUAGAAAGUGGAAAUGCAGAAGCAGUUACUAAUCCAGAGUUGCUUCGUGAACAGUUGGAUUCUCACUUCUCUCGCUUGCCUGCUAGUUAUGGGUUGGAUAUUAAUGUGGAUAGAGCAGAAGAUGUGUUGUUGCAUCAGAAGAUUCUUGGUAGAGCAAAAGAUCCCGAUAACCGGCCUGUUUAUCAUGUCCGAUUUUUGGAGAAUUAUUGGAAUAGAUUUGAUGAUGCGGAAGGUCAGGAUGACUUCAAUGAUUUUCCAACCUCAAAGACAGGUGGCAACUUAAAUGAUGAAGGGAUAAGGAAUGGUAUGAAUGAUGUUGAAACUUGCUUUAAGCUUGGGGACCUAAAUUUGGAUGUUAGAAAGAAUUUCCAUGACAAAGAGGAAAUUCCGGCAGAACAUUCUACCAGAAGGCAUGACGUUUCACAUAUUCCAAUCCAUGAAGUUGUCUUUUCCACCAUUGACAAACCCAAACUUCUUAGUCAGCUCUCUGCUUUACUUUCUGACAUAGGGCUUAAUAUCCGAGAAGCUCAUGUGUUCUCAACAACUGAUGGGUACUCAUUAGAUGUAUUUGUGGUGGAUGGAUGGCCUGUUGAGGAUACAAAGGCUUUGCAUGAAGAACUGGGGAAAGCAAUUUCCAGAAGUGAGGGGACGUGGUCUGGUUCAUCUCAUUCAAAGUCAGCUCUUGAAAAAACUAUAGUCGCGCGAUCAAAACCUGAAGACUGGGAAAUCGAUAGAAGAUUACUGAAGAUGGGAGAAAGAAUCGCAUCAGGAUCUUGUGGCGAUUUGUAUCAUGGGAUGUAUCUUGGUAUGGAUGUUGCAAUCAAGGUCCUUAGAUCUGAGCAUUUGAAUGACACAUUGGAAGAUGAGUUCGCUCAAGAAAUAGCAAUUUUGAGGCAAGUUCAGCACAAAAAUGUUGUUCGUUUCAUUGGUGCAUGCACAGAUUCGCCUAAUUUGUGCAUAGUUACAGAAUAUAUGCCUGGUGGGAGCUUGUAUGAUUACUUGCAUAAAAACCAUGUCGUAUUAAAGCUCUCGCAAUUGCUAAGCUUUGCAAUUGAUGUCUGCAAAGGAAUGGAGUACUUGCAUCAAAAUCAUAUUAUUCACAGGGAUCUGAAGACGGCAAAUUUGCUUAUGGGCUCAAACAAUGUUGUUAAAGUGGCAGAUUUUGGUGUUGCUCGUUUCCAAAAUAAGGGAGGUGUCAUGACAGCUGAGACCGGAACAUAUCGAUGGAUGGCCCCUGAGGUCAUCAAUCAUCAGCCCUACGAUCAGAAAGCAGAUGUGUUUAGUUUUGCCAUUGUCCUUUGGGAGCUUUUAACAGCAAAGGUCCCAUAUGAUGCCAUGACCCCAGUGCAAGCUGCACUAGGAGUGAGACAGGGCCUGCGACCCGAGCUUCCAGAGAAUGCACACCCGAGGCUGCUAGACUUGAUGGAGAGAUGUUGGGAGGCCAUCCCCAGUGAUAGACCCAGCUUCUUUGAGAUACAAGUUGAGCUUGAACUACUCUUACAGGAAAUUGAGGAUUCCAUAGAGGCAUCAAAUGGGAGCUGAGUGAUGUGCUACAUAUAUUGGACUAACGACACACUUUUAACAGUAACAAGAGAGGAUUUUCUUUUACCAGGCCAACGUAUAUACGCGAACCUUUACUUUUUUGGUGAGAUCUAUGUGACAAGCGAAAGAUAUACAGUGCACUGCUAUUGGCCAUUUUGGAGUUGCGAGUAAAGGUGAUUCAUUUUCUGGUAACACGUUACUGCAUCAAAAGUACCACUAACAUCCUUGUAAAAUCUUUCUAUUUUCCUUUUUGAGGAGAAUGUAAUGGCUUCUUUUCGGGUGGGGGUGAGGAGUUUGGUUGAGAAUUUCACUAGUGUACUUAGCAUUUUCUGUUUUAGUAUGAGUUUGGUUCAAAUCAA